AUGACGACACACGUGACCCUCGAGGAUGCCCUUUCCAAUGUGGACUUGCUGGAAGAGCUGCCCCUCCCAGACCAGCAGCCAUGUAUUGAACCCCCUCCCUCCUCCAUUAUGUACCAGGCCAAUUUUGACACCAACUUUGAAGAUAGGAAUGCCUUUGUUACUGGUAUAGCUCGUUAUAUUGAGCAAGCCACUGUCCACUCCAGCAUGAAUGAAAUGCUAGAGGAAGGACAUGAGUAUGCUGUGAUGCUUUACACUUGGAGAAGCUGCUCUAGAGCUAUUCCGCAGGUAAAAUGCAAUGAGCAACCCAACAGAGUUGAAAUCUAUGAAAAAACAGUGGAGGUGUUGGAGCCUGAAGUCACCAAGCUCAUGAAGUUUAUGUACUUCCAAAGGAAAGCCAUAGAACGUUUUUGCAGUGAAGUGAAGCGUCUCUGCCAUGCUGAAAGAAGGAAAGACUUUGUUUCCGAGGCCUAUCUGCUCACUCUGGGCAAAUUCAUCAACAUGUUUGCUGUACUGGACGAACUGAAAAACAUGAAGUGUAGCGUAAAGAAUGACCAUUCUGCUUACAAAAGGGCUGCUCAAUUCCUGCGGAAAAUGGCUGACCCUCAAUCCAUUCAGGAGUCUCAGAAUCUUUCGAUGUUCUUAGCCAACCAUAACAGGAUCACUCAGUGCCUGCACCAACAGCUGGAAGUGAUUCCAGGUUAUGAGGAACUUUUGGCUGAUAUUGUCAACAUUUGUGUAGAUUAUUAUGAGAACAAAAUGUAUUUGACUCCAAGUGAGAAACACAUGCUUCUCAAGGUGAUGGGGUUUGGGCUGUACCUGAUGGAUGGUAAUGUGAGUAAUAUCUACAAGCUUGAUGCCAAAAAGAGAAUCAACCUCAGCAAGAUUGACAAGUUUUUCAAACUUCAAGUGGUGCCACUGUUUGGAGAUAUGCAGAUAGAGUUGUCCCGCUACAUUGAGACAAGUGCUCACUAUGAGGAAAAUAAGUCCAAGUGGACGUGCACCCAGAGCAGCAUUUCACCACAGUACAACCUGUGUGAGCAGAUGGUGCAGAUCAGGGAAGACCACAUUCGAUUCAUCUCUGAGUUGGCGCGCUACAGCAACAGUGAAGUGGUAACGGGCUCUGGCCUGGACAGCCAAAAAUCAGAUGAGGAAUACAGAGAGCUUUUUGACCUUUCACUGAGGGGUCUGCAGUUGUUAUCCAAGUGGAGUACACAUGUCAUGGAAGUUUACUCAUGGAAGCUGGUCCAUCCUACAGACAAAUUUUGUAAUAAGGAUUGUCCAGGCACAGCAGAGGAGUAUGAGCGAGCCACACGUUAUAAUUACACCAGUGAAGAGAAAUUUGCUUUGGUGGAAGUGAUUGCCAUGAUCAAAGGGCUCCAGGUUCUCAUGGGACGAAUGGAGUCUGUGUUUAAUCAGGCUAUUCGGAACACCAUCUACGCAGCACUGCAGGACUUUGCCCAGAUGACCCUCAGGGAGCCUCUACGUCAGGCUGUGCGCAAGAAGAAAAAUGUCCUCAUCAGUGUACUCCAAGCAAUUCGAAAGACCGUUUGUGACUGGGAGGGGGCGAGAGAACCUCCAAAUGACCCGUGUCUGAGGGGGGAGAAGGACCCUAAAGGUGGUUUUGAUAUCAAGGUGCCCCGGAGAGCUGUGGGACCUUCUAGCACACAACUGUACAUGGUGCGUACUAUGCUGGAGUCAUUGAUUGCAGACAAGAGCGGCUCUAAAAAGACUCUGCGCAGCAGUCUGGAUGGACCAAUUGUUGUGGCCAUAGAAGAUUUCCACAAACAAUCCUUCUUCUUCACACACCUGCUCAAUUUCAGCGAGGCUCUGCAGCAGUGUUGUGACCUGUCCCAGCUCUGGUUUAGAGAAUUCUUCCUUGAGCUGACCAUGGGUCGCAGAAUCCAGUUCCCUAUUGAGAUGUCCAUGCCGUGGAUCCUCACGGACCACAUACUAGAGACCAAGGAACCGUCAAUGAUGGAGUACGUGCUGUAUCCACUAGAUUUGUACAAUGACAGUGGCUACUAUGCUCUCACUAAGUUCAAGAAGCAGUUCCUUUAUGAUGAAAUUGAGGCUGAGGUUAACCUAUGCUUUGAUCAGUUUGUCUACAAGUUGGCUGAUCAGAUAUUUGCCUACUAUAAAGCAAUGGCCGGAAGUGUCCUGCUCGAUAAGCGCUUCCGUGCAGAGUGUAAAAACUAUGGGGUGAUCAUACCAUAUCCUCCUUCAAACCGCUAUGAGACAUUGCUUAAGCAACGACAUGUGCAGCUUCUGGGCCGCUCAAUUGACUUGAACCGUCUUAUCACCCAGAGGAUCUCUGCCGCCAUGUAUAAAUCUCUCGACCACGCCAUCAGCCGCUUUGAAAGCGAAGAUCUGACCUCUAUUGUGGAGUUGGAGUGGCUUUUGGAAAUCAAUAGACUCACUCACCGGCUUCUGUCCAAGCACAUGACCUUGGAUAGUUUUGAUGCCAUGUUCCGUGAGGCCAAUCACAACGUCUCAGCUCCAUACGGCCGGAUUACGCUUCAUGUGUUUUGGGAACUCAAUUUUGAUUUCCUCCCUAAUUAUUGCUACAACGGCUCCACGAACCGAUUUGUACGCACAGCCAUUCCCUUCACCCAGGAGCCUCAGAGAGACAAGCCAGCCAAUGUGCAGCCUUACUACCUGUAUGGGUCCAAGCCUCUGAACAUAGCUUACUCUCACAUAUACAGCUCCUACAGGAACUUUGUUGGGCCUCCUCACUUCAAGACUAUUUGCCGUCUUCUUGGUUACCAAGGCAUUGCUGUUGUGAUGGAGGAACUGCUCAAGAUAGUGAAGAGCUUGUUACAGGGCACCAUUCUGCAGUAUGUGAAAACCCUCAUUGAGGUCAUGCCCAAAAUCUGCCGCCUACCCCGCCAUGAAUAUGGCUCCCCAGGGAUCUUAGAGUUCUUCCACCAUCAGCUCAAGGAUAUUAUUGAGUACGCUGAGCUCAAGACAGAUGUCUUCCAGAGCUUAAGAGAGGUGGGGAACGCCAUUCUCUUCUGCCUGCUCAUCGAGCAAGCUCUGUCCCAAGAAGAAGUGUGUGACCUUCUUCAUGCUGCUCCUUUUCAAAACAUUCUGCCAAGAGUGUACAUCAAAGAGGGAGAGCGCCUGGAGGUAAGGAUGAAAAGACUAGAAGCGAAGUAUGCCCCUCUCCACCUUGUACCUCUGAUUGAGAGGUUGGGAACGCCUCAGCAAAUUGCCAUUGCACGUGAGGGAGACUUGCUGACCAAAGAGCGUCUCUGUUGCGGCCUUUCCAUGUUUGAGGUCAUACUGACACGCAUCCGCAGCUUCCUGCAGGAUGGGGUGUGGCGUGGGCCUCCUCCCACCAAUGGUGUCAUGCAUGUGGACGAGUGCAUGGAGUUCCACCGCCUCUGGAGUGCAAUGCAGUUUGUGUAUUGCAUCCCAGUGGGCACUCAUGAGUUCACAGCAGAGCAAUGCUUUGGGGAUGGCCUGAACUGGGCCGGCUGUGCUGUCAUUGUUCUGUUGGGACAGCAGCGUCGUUUUGAUCUCUUUGACUUCUGCUAUCACUUGCUCAAAGUCCAAAGGCAAGAUGGCAAGGAUGAGAUCAUAAAAAAUGUGCCACUAAAGAAAAUGGCAGACCGCAUCAGGAAGUACCAGAUCCUUAAUAAUGAAAUCUUCGCUAUCCUAAACAAGUACAUGAAGGCUGUGGAGACAGACAGUUCCACUGUAGAGCAUGUUCGCUGUUUCCAGCCACCUAUACACCAGUCGCUGGCUACCACUUGCUGA